CAUCACAUUUCCUACUUUCCUACCUGAAGCAACAAGCCCGCAGAUUGUUCGGUAUCAUGGCAGCGAUGAAGUGCAUCUUAGGUCUCCUGGCUCUGCUUGCAGUCUCAGCCUGGACCGAGGCGGGGGUUGUGCAGAAAGAAGAGGAGCUGACCGUCACAGAGCAGCUGGAGAGAGCCAACAACAAGCUCAGCCCCAACCGCGACGGCAUCCAGAUCCACGGAGACAUCGCCGUCCCCCCCCGUUCCAACCUGAGGAACGCCGACCCCUGCGUGAGGACUGGCUGCAAGUGGCCUAAAGCCACAGACGGAAAGGUUUACAUCCCGUAUGCCAUCGCUAACCAAUACUCCUCCAAGGAGCUGGAUGUGAUCAAAAGAGGCAUCAACUCCUUCUCCUUCUCCACCUGCAUCCGUUUCUACCCCCGCACCAACGAGAGGGACUUCCUCAGCAUCCAGUCUCUGGACGGAUGCUACUCCUACGUGGGUCGUCAGGGCAACAGCCAGACGGUGUCUCUGAGCCGUCAGGGCUGCAUCUACUACGGGACGGUCCAGCACGAGCUGCUGCACGCCCUGGGCUUCAACCACGAGCAGUGUCGCUCCGACAGGGACCGGCACAUCCGCGUCCUGGCGCAGAACAUCAUCAAAGAUCAAGAAUACAACUUCAACAAGAUCAACACUUUGAACCAGGGGAGUCCAUACGACUACGACUCCGUCAUGCACUACGGCAGGCUGGCUUUCUCCAAGAACAACGUCAGCCCCACCAUGGUGGCUGUUCCAAACUCCAACGCCGUGUUUGGCACGGCCAGGCAGAUGAGCCAGAACGACAUCAACCGCAUCAAUCUGCUGUACUGCAGGAACUAGAUAAUUAUGCAUUAUUAGGUCAAUGCCGUCCCGUGACUGAUGCCUUUAUGUAUCCACUUCACUUUACUCUCUGGUAGUUUCUUUUUUCAUAAACAAGGAAAAUCAGGAUUUAUGUGAUUGAAGGAUUUUCCUGUUUUCUCAAAAGGU